AAAUAUCUUAAAAUUAAAUAAUGAGAAUAGUAUGGUUAUUAAGAUCGAAUAAAGAAGGUUGACUUCGUUUUUCCAUGCUCUGCAAGAAUAUUAAAAAAUAGAUAUAUGGUCUUAUUUUUAAAAAAUAAUAAUGACCUUGAAAUCUCGUAAAAAAAAAAAUAAUAAUCAUAAGAAAAAACUAAUUCUACCAUUACACGUGGUCCUUAAAAUAAUGUAACUUCAUACAACAAUAAAUGGAGAAGAUAUAUAAGUGAGAUCCAUUAUAACGAGACGUGAUAAAGUGCACGCGUACCGAGCGAAAAUUCAAAGUCGAUUUUCUCGAAAGCAAAGCCUCAAACGAAAAAUUUUUAUUCUAUAUUUUCGACUUCUUUUUUCGCGUAGAAUCACUCCCUUUUCGCAUGUACCACCAGUUACCAACCACCCUAUACGUGGUCCCAUUUAACUGGACCACUCUAUAUGUUUUCAUGGCGCAGUUUUACUGAUCACAAGUAUGCCUUUAAAAGGUAUAAAUGUAUUAGAAUUGGCUGGGCUAGCACCAGGCCCUUUUUGUGGAAUGAUAUUAGCCCAAUUUGGUGCAUCUGUAAUCAGAGUAGACAAGAUUUAUGGAUCUUAUAAUGCCAUUGAUUGUCUGGGUCAUGGAAAAAGGUCAAUUGCGUUAAAUUUAAAAGUUUAUGAAGGUUCUAAUAUAUUUAGGAAAUUGAUCAAUCAAAGUGAUGUGCUUAUAGACCCUUAUAGACCUGGAGUAAUGGAAAAAAUGAAACUAGGACCAGAAGAACUUAUGGGAAUAAACAAGAGGUUGAUAUAUGCUAGGUUAACAGGAUUUGGGCAUAAUGGACCUUAUGCUAAUAUGGCUGGACAUGAUAUAAAUUAUUUAGCUCUAUCUGGUUUAUUAUCAUUAUUUGGACGUCACAAUCAGAAACCAACACCACCAGUCAAUUUAGUAGCUGAUUUUGCUGGUGGUGGAUUAAUGUGUGCUUUUGGUAUAAUACUAGCAUUAUUUGAACGUAGCAAGAGUGGCAUUGGUCAAGUGAUUGAUGCAUCAAUGGUAGAUGGAUCUGCAUAUCUAGGCAGUUGGUUCUUUAGAUCUCAAAAUGUGCCUGGAUUAUGGGGAAAUCCUCGUGGUAAAAAUAUAUUAGAUUCUGGAACACACUUUUAUGAUACUUAUGAAACAAAAGAUAAACAAUAUAUGUGUGUUGGAGCAAUUGAAUCUAAGUUUUAUGAGAUAUUUUUAGAGAAACUUGGAAUUUCAUCUCAUGAAAUGCCACAAUUUGAGAAUUUUGAAGAGAGCCGUAAAAAAUUAGAAAAGAUAUUCAAACAAAAGACUCAAGCAGAAUGGUGUGCCAUAUUUGAUGGUACAGAUGCUUGUGUAACACCUGUUCUAAAUUUAAAAGAUGUUGCAUCACAUGCACAUAAUAAGGAAAGAAAUAUAUUUAAGACUGAAGACAAUGGUUUGGUAACUCCAAAUCCUGCUCCACGUUUAUCUCGUACUCCUGGAAUGUCUAAAAAACAUGAAGGAAGUGCUAAAUUGGGUGAGCACACUACAGAAAUUCUUACUGAAUUAGAUUUUAAACCAGAAGAAAUUGCUAAUUUAAUAGCAAAUGGAAUUGUUAAUCAAGGAAUGAAACAUUCUAAACUUUAACACGUUGACGCCGGCAUGCAUCAUCGGCGGGUCACACGUGUCUGUCCCGAGGGGCGACAAUGGGUUACACAUGUAUUUCACAAAAUAGGUAGUGAUCCAGCGCCGCCCCACGAAGCAGACAGUGAAUUCGGGCGCCAGCGUCAACGUGUUAAGCAUAUAAUUUAUUCUCAUUAAAAUGUUUAUAUAUAUUUGUUAACUCAUGCAAUAAUAUAAGAAAGGUUGUUAGUGUCCUAAAAAGCGAAAAGCUAGCAGUUUAUAUUAAAGAUUACUAAUUACUCUAUUUAUUGACAAUCAAAACUACUAGUAAUCAUAUUUUUAUAUUUUCUUAAUACAACUUAUUGUCCUCAAGAAAAUAAAGUACCAAUAUUAAUGAUAAUUUUGUGGAUAUGCAAAAUGGCUUUGGUAUCUUUUAUUGUUUCUGUCAGAAUUUACAGGAAAUAAUAUCAAAACAAAUAUUAUUCCUAUGACGUAUAUUUUGUGUAUGUUUCAUUUCUUAUGCAUGGACAUGGCUGUUCCUGUUAACUCUUGAAGGUCAACACGAACAACGUGCUCUGUAUAAUUGUAUGUUCUUCAGGCACAGUGUAUGUAUAUUUAUGGGGAAGAAACGAAAAAUUGCACUUUCAUUGUUUAACGAUAAAAAAUUAAACUUUAAACACUUAAAUAAGCUGAUACACUUUAAGAGUAUAUAUGCGCACGUGAUUAUGCCCCUAUUUGAGGAUUGAAUGUUUACAGUUGAAAGUUUACAGUGUAUCUUGCUUGUAUAAAUGUUUGAGAAUGUUUGUCUUCUACAAAAAUUGAAAAAUACCUGUACAAGUCGAUGGAUGAAGAAUGUUUAUGUUCUCCUCGGAAUGUCCGCGGUUUGUCUCAUGUAUUCAGAAUGCACGUUGAUUGGUUGUUAUCAAAACUUAAUUUUCUAAUCAACGGUACCCUGACUGUCAGGACUACCUUUCCAUGCGCUUUCUUCUGGUAAGGGCGUAAACUGAACUGACACGAGGUGUUCGUUUUUCCGGAAAGAUCGUGAUAUUCCUCCUGGUCAGAAACUUUGGCAAUUUGUACUGUUAUAAUAUAUUUCCAAAUUAUUCUUUAGAAAUACUAAAUUUAUAACACAUCUCUGGUUAUUAAGUGUGCAUUAAAUUAAAAUUCUAAGUAAUUCUAAAAAUAUGCUGUCUAUUACUUAUAAUAUUUAAUAAUUUAAGAAUUUAGCUCAAAAAUCGCUUUCUUUGCGAUCGUGCUAAUAGCUUUACCGAUGAUGGCCUCAUGUGCUUCUUUUGUGUGUACCCGACGGAACAUCUUAUGUGUAAUACAUAUCUUAAUAGUUUAUAGUGGAUAGUUCACUUUGCAUAUUUACAUAUAUAUUAUGUUGAAUUAUUUAUAAUUGAGAGAGCGAUAUUAUAUUGAUAUAUAUUAUUAUAUUCAUAUUAUAUAUAUAGCAGUAUUAUAUAUUAUUAUAAAAGCACUUGUUAGUGAUACAAUAUUUAUUCUAUCAUACAAGAGGAUUCUUGUUAGUGGUUGUGUCUGUAUACAAACAAAUUGCUACUAACUGGGUGAAAUUAAAAAGUAAUCUAUUUUAAAAUAUGUAAGUAUUCAUAUUGCAGCAAUUCUCGCGACAAUGUGUGUUACAUAUUAUGAACCAUUUUUUGUAACUGAUUAAUUUUAUUUACAAUAAAUAAUCGUGUUAACUAA